AUGCUGAUUUUCAACUACUCGAAUGCGCUGAUGACACCCCUUUAUCUGGCUUUCCACCUUGCCACUGUACCAAGCGUUGAUCAAUUCAAUGCUAGUGGCUUCCUGGUAGAUUCGAAAGACCUGGACGCUAUUCUAUGGAGUUACUUGUUCGGAUAUCUUUUCCCGCUCGCGGCAAUAUGUUUGGCACCUUCUGGUAGAACAAGGUUGAAACUCGGUGGAGUCUACCAGCAGUGGAACCUCUUCAUUACAGCUUCUCACUAUAUCUCCCGCUGGUUCUUAGGUUUCAUUGGCGCUCAAGACCCGUUGACCGUUCAAGACUACCAGCACAAGAUCAGGUUGGUCUACGGCGUGGCCUUUGCAUUGGCGGCCAUACCUCACUGGGUCAGCAAUGUUAUAUUCUGGAGUGCAGCACUGUGGCCUCGUCUCUUCAAUCCCAACUAUUCUGCCUCCCUUCAUCCUCGAGAAACUGUACUUCCGCCAAAUCCAUUCUCUUCGAGGCAGUCUAAAGAUACUGCUGAAGGGUGUACCUGGCUGAUUCAAUGGGACAAUAUUAUUGGCACGGCUGCUGCCUGGGUCUGGGCACUCAAGUUAUUUCUGGACGCACAUUAUGUGAUUGGGUCCUUUGUGUCAUUUCUAUCCAUUUUUCUAAAGUCUCUGCUGUAUAUCUCCGUAGGCGGUCCAAUGGGCCUCCCGAUUGGCCUCAUGUGGGAGCGGGAUGAGAUACUUUCGUCUCUUGCCUUCAAAUCAGCGAGCGCAUUUGGAUGA